AUGCCGAACGAUAAUGGAGUUGAAUCAAGUAAGUUGUUGUAGACUGUUUUUCGUUGAUUUUAGGUGAAUUUUGGGCUUUUACACUGAUGUUUUUACAACAAAUCAAUGUUAAAACACUUAAAACAUAAUGAAGAUUCUUUUUCAGCUGUAAUUCAGGAGAAAAUUAAGAAAUUGGGAAAGAAACCAGAGGAAUUAACAGAAGAAGAAUGGAGAAAGGUCUUACCUGACGAUGUUUAUCAUGUAGCACGUGAAGCAGGCACAGAACGUCCACAUACUAGUAAAUUUGAGAAGAGUAUGAAGUCUGGGAAGUAUUUAUGCUAUUGUUGUCGAGCAGAGCUAUUUGUGUAAGUUUUUACCAUUAGAAUUAUUAUUUUUGUUGAAAUUUAGGUCUGAAUCCAAAUUUUGGACGCCUUGUGGAUGGCCGUCGUUUGCCAAGUCGGUGGAUGGUGAUAAGAACAUUGUCAGGAUAGGGGACAACUCAUAUGGGAUGCAGAGAAUUGAAGUGCGAUGUAAAGUGGUGAGUUUUUAAGGGGUUUGUGGUGUUAUAGUAGAUAUAAGGGAUGGAUAAGAUGGUUUUGGUCAUAAAACUGUUUUGAGUUGUUGGAACUUUGUGUUUUUGUUCAUUUUAGAUAGAAAAAUGUUUGAACUUGUUAUUUUAAAUUAAAAUGCAUAAGAUCACUUAUUAAUUUUAUUGUUAUAGUGCAAUGCUCAUCUAGGCCAUGUGUUUGAUGAUGGUCCAGAAGAAACAGGUGGUGAACGCUAUUGUAUCAAUGGAUGUACGCUGGAUUUUGAACCUGAAAACAAGAAUUGA